CCCAGUCCUGCUCGCAACAGUGACGUCAGCGCGCAGCGGCGGUGCAGUCACGCUCGGCGAUUGGGUGAGCGAAGAGCUAAACUGAAUUGUACAGUAAAAAAAAGACAAGACGCCGAUAACAAAAACAACAGCUGCGGCCGCAUGAGGCCAACUAGGGAUACACUCGCACUUUUCGGGUUCCCGCUAUAAAGAUUUCGGAUGUCACGAUGGCUGCACACUUCACUAUUUCCGACAGCGAGUCCGAGACAUCGGAGGAGGUAGAGGAAGGAAAGAAUAAGCAACCAUCAACUGUGCAAGAGCAGCCGCUUUCUCAACGCCACUUCUUCACACUACCUGAGCUCAGAACUGCAGCGACCGGUCGAAUCAGGCUGAACUCUGAGUCCCACGCUUCCACAGUCUCCAGAGACGAGGAGCUCCAGGCUAAGGGGGAAGACGAGGCUGGUACACCCACUGACGGAGCUCCAUUCAGGGGACGGUCCAAGUCGGCUCCCCCGGCUUUGUGGGCGGCCAAGAAAUACGGCCGGCAGCUCCGAAGGAUGAGCGACGAGUUUGACAGCCUGCUAGACAAAGGGGAAAUGAGGAGGGUGAGGAGUGCUGGGACGACCAAACAGAUGCACCACUCUAGAAGCUGGUGGAGCUACCUCUUCAGUCACCAGGAGACAGAGGGAGAGAACAACCACCAUGACAACCAUACACACCGCACUGAAUAGGGACUGAGGUUUGAGGAAUCGCUUUGGAAUGAGAAGGCGGCAACGGGGAAGCCAAGAGAACAGUUGUGAUGAGAACAGAAUGACCUGAUCUGAGAGGGGGCGGCAGAAAGGUUGGUUUAGACAGAAAGAGGAAGAUCCAACCACAAAGGCAUGGCUGAGUGGAUGGCUAGGUGUCCCAGCCUAGUCAUGUAAUUAUUUAUGCGCCAUUGGUAACAACAUUUUAAUUAUUUUGGUGUAUUUGUGUCGGUCGUGAUGUUAACAAUAUUGCUGGGCAGCCCACUGUGAAAUGGUAAAAGUCAGUCAGGCACGAGAAUGGACUGGUGGCUAUCUGAACCCCACAGAACGGAUGAGAUGAUAGGCCAAAAGAGGAGGAUAAGCGUAGAAGCUAAGCAGUGACCACGCAGUCAAAAGAUGCUUCAGUUGUCUCUUCCAUCAACACUAUGCAAUAUACUGUAGAUGGAGAGAUAAAUGCACUGAAAUAAAACAAAACGGACUAAUUGAGGCCACCUUGAAUGCUGUUAGAAUAUCUUUCCUCUUCUUGUUGAAGAAAUCCCCGUUGUCGAUGUGCUAAUGCUUGUUUUGCUCCAACUGUUUGUGGUUAAACAAAAGCUAAUGAAGACCACUGCGAUUGUGUGCCAAAAUAAUCUGCAAGCAACAGAGGCAAGAGUAUAAAAGCGAAGGAUUUGUUUAAAAGUAUUCUCGGGCCUUUAUCCAACUUCCAGUUCUACCAGCUGCAAGCCAGUACCACUUAAACAGCUGUACUUGACUAUCAUCAAGUGCUUUAUAUCUCAAAUAUAUCAAAAGAAGAACAAUCUCGUACAAGGACAAUCUGAUGAUGCAGAAAUACUAUCUUUUGUAAGACUUCAGGGUUAGAUUAUAUCUGAAGAAAAUGACAUUAAACAUAAAUAUAAAAGCACAAACCAAUAUGAAUCUAUCUUUUUAAAGACUUGGAUGAGCAAAAAAAAAAAAA